AUGAGUGAAUGUCCCGUCCAUCGCAAGCCCGCCAAUGUUGCUGGCGCCGGCACAAGAAACCCAGACUGGUGGCCCAACCAGCUGCGGUUGAAUAUCCUGCGCCAGCAUAGUGACGCAACCAACCCCCAGAGCGCCGAUUUUGACUAUGCGGCGGCAUUCAAGUCCCUAGAUUAUUAUGGCCUCAAGAAGGACCUCCAUGCCCUGAUGACCGACUCGCAGGACUGGUGGCCUGCCGACUUCGGGCACUAUGGCGGUCUGUUCAUCCGUAUGGCCUGGCACAGUGCAGGUACCUACCGGGUGUUUGAUGGCCGCGGCGGCGGUGGUCAGGGUCAGCAGCGCUUCGCGCCGCUGAACAGCUGGCCUGACAACGCUAGUCUUGACAAGGCUCGCCGCCUGUUGUGGCCCAUCAAGCAGAAGUAUGGCAACCAGAUAUCGUGGGCUGACCUGUUCUUGCUCACGGGUAAUGUCGCUCUGGAGUCCAUGGGUUUCAAGACGUUUGGUUUUGCUGGUGGCCGGCCUGACACCUGGGAGGCCGAUGAGUCCGUGUACUGGGGUGGCGAGACCAGUUGGUUCCCAAGUGGGAACGAUGUUCGCUACGCUGCCGAGUUCGAGAACCAGAAGCAGCAACAGAGUGACAUCCGCACUCGCGACCCCGAGGAGCCGCUCGGUGCCUCCCACAUGGGUCUCAUCUAUGUGAAUCCCGAGGGUCCCGACGGCAACCCCGACCCCGUCGCCGCGGCUCGAGAUAUCCGCAUUACGUUCGGCCGCAUGGCAAUGAACGACGAAGAGACGGUUGCACUGAUUGCUGGUGGUCACAGCUUCGGGAAGACGCACGGAGCUGGACCCGGUGACAAGGUCGGCAGCGAACCCGAAGCCGCCGGCCUCGAGCACCAGGGUCUGGGAUGGUCCAACGGGUACAACUCUGGCAAGGGUCCUGAUACUAUCACCAGUGGACUGGAAGUGACCUGGACCAAGACGCCUACCAAGUGGAGCUUGGACUUCCUCGAAUACCUGUUCAAGUUCGACUGGGAGUUGACCAAGAGUCCGGCCGGUGCCAACCAGUGGGUGGCCAAGAACGCCGACAAGAUUAUCCCCGAUGCGUACGACGCCAACAAGACACACCGUCCGCAGAUGCUGACUACCGAUCUGGCUCUGCGCUUCGACCCGACCUACGAGAAGAUCUCGCGCCGUUUCCUGGCUAACCCCAACCAGUUUGCCGAUGCGUUCUCGCGCGCUUGGUUCAAGCUGCUGCACCGUGACAUGGGCCCGCGCUCACGCUGGCUGGGCCCUGAGGUCCCGAGCGAGGAACUGCUUUGGGAGGACCCGGUCCCGGCUCGCAACUACCCGCUGAUCGACAACGACGACAUCGCCGCCCUGAAGAAAGAGAUCCUGGCCUCUGGCGUCGACCCGACCAAGUUCGUCUCGACUGCCUGGGCAUCUGCAUCCACAUUCCGCGGCGGCGACAAGCGCGGCGGCGCCAACGGCGCGCGCAUCCGCCUCGCUCCCCAGAAGGACUGGGAGGUGAACAACCCCGCGCAGCUGCGCGAGGUGCUGAGUACACUGGAGGGCAUCCAGCAGCGCUUCAACAGCUCCCAAAAGAGCGGAAAGAAGGUCUCACUGGCCGACCUGAUCGUGCUCGCCGGCAGCGCCGCCCUGGAGAAAGCCGCCGGCGUGCCGGUCCCCUUCACGCCAGGUCGCACCGACGCCUCGCAAGAGCAGACGGACGUCGACUCCUUCAGCUACCUGAAGCCCGCCGUCGACGGCUUCCGCAACUACGGCAAGUCGACCUGGCGCGUGCGCACCGAGCAGUUCCUUGUCGACCGCGCCCACCAGCUCACGCUCUCGGCGCCCGAGCUGACCGUCCUGCUGGGCGGCCUGCGCGUCCUCAACACCAACUUCGAUGGCUCCGCGCUCGGCGUCUUCACUCAGCGUCCCGGCGUGCUCUCCAACGACUUCUUUGUCAACCUGCUUGACAUGAACAUCGUCUGGAAGCCCAGCACUGCUGACCAGGAGCUUUUCGAGGGCGUUGAUCGCAAGACCGGGGCCCGGAAGUGGACGGGCACCCGUGCCGAUCUGGUCUUCGGCUCCCAGGCUGAGCUGCGCGCUCUCGCCGAGUUGUAUGGUAGCUCGGAUGGCCAGGACAAGUUCGUGAGGGACUUUGUCGCGGCUUGGGAUAAGGUUAUGAACCUUGAUCGCUUUGAUCUCCCGCGUUCACCGGCUGCGGGCCGGGCUCGACUGUGA